AUGUCUGCCAGCCCAUCUCCGUCUGCCGGUGGCGACACAAAGGCCGCCGAGCAAGUUCAUUUCCGAUUCUGUCGCGAAUGCUCCAACUUACUCUACCCGAAAGAAGACCGCGUCAACAACCAGUUGAUGUUCACAUGCCGAACCUGCCACGUCGGAGAGCCCGCCACCUCGUACUGCGUCUACCAGAACAAGCUGAACACCCAAGUCGGAGACACCGCCGGUGUGACUCAGGAUGUGGGAUCUGAUCCUACGGUUUGUCUCCCUGGUUUCUGCACCCACUGCGGAGAAGAGAUCACAUGUUUUGUCUGCGGAGAGGCCCCUGAAGAUGCGUGA